UUUUGUUUUGUCUUUAGGAGAUUCAGUUUUAGAAGUGUGUGAAGGCUGUUAUCACUUACCUUAGAAUAYUCCAACUAGACACCAGGGGCCAGUUCUYUCCUCAGGUUAGCUCAAGAUGGCAGACCAGAGGCAACGUUCRCUCUCUACCUCUGGGGAGUCAUUAUACCACGUGCUGGGGCUGGACAAAAAUGCCACUUCAGAUGAUAUCAAAAAGUCUUACAGGAAACUGGCAYUGAAAUAUCAUCCUGAUAAAAACCCUGAUAAUCCAGAGGCAGCAGAAAAAUUUAAAGAGAUCAAUAAUGCCCACGCAAUAUUGACCGAUGCCACAAAGCGGAACAUUUACGAUAAGUAUGGGUCUCUGGGGCUCUAUGUAGCAGAGCAGUUUGGUGAAGAAAAUGUGAACACAUACUUCGUGCUGUCAAGCUGGUGGGCAAAGGCCUUGUUUGUGUUCUGUGGGCUCAUCACAGGCUGCUACUGCUGCUGCUGUCUGUGCUGCUGCUGUAAUUGUUGCUGUGGGAAGUGUAAACCAAAACCUCCCGAAGGCGAAGAGCAGGAAUUCUACGUCUCUCCAGAGGACUUGGAGGCACAGUUGCAGUCAGAUGAAAGGGAGGCCUCAGACGCACCUAUUGUGAUACAGCCAGCAUCAGCCACAGAGACAACCCAGCUCACAGCUGACUCUCACCCCAGCUACCACACUGAUGGAUUUAAUUAAGUUAAGGAAACACUGUCAUUAGAAUGGAUAAAAAAAAAAUACAUGGCCAACUCAACACUAGAAUCAUGAACAUUAGAAGUAGAGAACGGGGAGGGGGAAUAAUUCUGCCACAGUAAGAAGGCAGCUUUCCAACCUGCCGAAAAUAUUUUGUAAUCCCUUCAGCCUUUUGUCACCUUUCAGUGUCGUAUCUCGAUGAUACGUGAAGUGCUGUAGCAUGCAGUAUUUAAAGCAGUUUAGCUACGGUCUUAUUUGUUUCCUUUCUUUUAUUUUUUCUCCUGUUUUGUUUUUUUUUUAAUAGCAUGUAUGGAGUUAUGUUAAAUGUCUGUGGUGUAACGUAUUGAGUUGUCACAAUAUCAGUGCGAUGGAGACAUUCUGCAUUUUAAGCAGCAGUACUGGCCUAAAAAUGAGAUUUAAAAAGUGUCACAGAAGCCACUGUUCUUCYGUACAGCUGAGCUGUCGAAGACCUUUAGAAGUUGAGGAUUUUCAUUUGAGUGCAACAAACCAAUUAUUUUAUUCCUCCUUCUAUUCCUGCRUUAUUAUCUAAGCAAGUUUACAAAGCCAAGAACCAAAAAAUGCUAGUCCUGCAGGGCUGGAGUCCUCUCUAAUGCUGGUUUUCAGCUUAAAUAAAUCUACCUUGAAAAAUAAAAAGGGAGAGUUGCCAAUCUUUGAACACUAAAUUGAACAGCUCAUUGUGUAUGAGGCGAUCUCCAGUGACAAUGGAACCAAAACCAACUGGGAAUGGGCUCCUGUGGUGGUGGCAGUGGGAUUUUAUCUCCAAGCACAAUUUUGUUUUGAUUUGACUUCAGUURUUUUCCUGUAAUGCUAAAGACCAAAUAGUGCAGCUUUGUUUCWGAAUGCAUGAGAAUCUUAAAGUGAAACUGGUUAACUGGCUCUCACUGAGCAAAUGAAUUAAAUGCAGACAGUAGGCAACAGCAGAAAUGUUAAAAAAAAUGGGUUUUAAAAAUUGGUUSUAAUAAUUUGAGAUUUUAAUAGGCGAAUGGGGUAUUACAUGUCUUUUUUUUAAGCUUUUAUAAUACACUAACCCUUUAAUUUUCUCAUGAACGUAUUUGUGCAGUACUUAAGUGGAUUUUUAAGAACAAACCACCUUUCUUUGUGUUCAUAUUGUAUAAUUUGCACAUUGUCUUGCAUUUAGAUUUGUUUACACCAGUGUUUCUCUUUUCCUCAGAACAACUAUGUGGAAACCACUGAAAGGUUUCCUGUACUAUUUUGAAACCAAAUCAAGUCCAAAUUCUGUUCUAGAAACUGUGGUUUAUUGAGGUUUAACAGUUAAAAAGGCAUUUUAGGCAGCUGCUGAAUUGCUAGUGUAUUUUAUCAAGUCCUGCUAUAGAUGAUACAGAGUCAGGAUCUAGGACAGCUCAGAGAGCCCACACUUGGCACUUUCAGCGGGUAAUUAUGGCCUCGUUAAUUUUGAUCGUUACGGUUUUAUAUCACAAUGCCUCUACUAUUCCUCAUACCCCCAUCUCCCUGAUUUGCUUUUCCCCUCUUUCUGUGGAGGGGCUGUUGGCACCUUCCCCCCAUGUGUUCUGCUCCCUUACCAUCUCCAGGUGGUACUUUGGAGUUAUGAUCUGUGGGUUUGCACAAAGACCACCAGGAAAGGGCAGGGGCCCAGAGAACCAUUCUGAAUAUAUUUUCCUGCUGUCUUUGCAUGAGCAACAAGGAUGGAGCACAUGAAAUCUGCCAUGAAGCCCGUGUUAAAUGUKCUGGGUAGGAGAACAUGUUUUCCCCACGGUCUCAGUGCUCAGUGAGGAGCGUUUGCACACCCAGACUUUGCUGUGGCUGUUGGUACAAGCACAUAUUUGCCUGCAUGGGAGCUUGCUGCAUAUCAGCAUGAUUUUAGUACCACAUCCGGCCCCCAAAAUCCCCCCCAAAACUGUUACUUUUAAUUAAUGGCUCAAUUUCAGCAGCACACUCCUUAAUGACU